GUAUAAGAAGUAGAAUAAAGCGGCUAUGGAUAAACCGUGUAAGCGAGCGUAUUAAUAAUGUCACGUAUACAGUAAAGUGCUAAGUUACGCCAAAGUUGGUAUAUAUAUAUAUAUAUAUAUAUAUAUAUAUAUAUAUAUAUAUAUAUAUAUAUAUAUAUAUAUAUAUAGUAUAUAUAUUAACACCAUUUGUACUUUUUUAUAAGGUUAUAUAUAUAAGGUUUUCUGUGAGGAUUGGUUUUAGGGGGUUGGGUUAGGGGAUAAAAAAUUUUUACAAACAUAACUUACAAAAAACAUUACUGAUCUCUGCAUCUUAAAACAAAUCAAUUGCACUGGUUUAUGGGCAAGAUGUUUUUAAAUUAAGACAGCUCAAACAUGCAUUUUAGUCUGGAACUAGGAUGCCCUGUCUGGGAAACUGCCCUUUAUAAUAUAUGUUUGUGUGUGCCAGCCAGACGGAUAAAUGUAAAGACUUUUUUAAAUGUUUGUUUUUGGUUUUUAUUUGUGUACUGUGUCUUUAUCUAAAGUGCUUUUACUGAAUCUAGUGAUCUAGAGAAUAAUAAAUUAGUUAUUGAAAUACUUAUUUAUGAGUCCAAAAAUGUAUGGCUACUUACUUUUAGUGGACUGCUUGCUCACUGCCCAACACGACCCAGUCAUAUGACGUUAUUUGCAGCGCGCGCUUUAAGCGCGAAAAUGACUGCAGCCUACAUACAUUGGACGGUUAGUCUGGUGAGUUAAUGAGGUAGGCCUAAUUGUUACUGAACACAAACAAGAAUAUUCUUACAGAAACGCUACAUUUCCUCCUGGUAAAGUAUUAGUUAUGAAGAAAUAAGUUAGCUAACAGGAACCGUGAGAAACAUUAAUGGUAAACCAAAGUUCUAUGUCACGUAACGAGCGACCCUUUAAUAUUUUUUGACGAAACACUGUAGGAAGUAGCAUAAAAUACUAUUUCUUUAGCAUAUAACAAUUUUAGACUAAACUAAUUUGGCCUUUUCCUGGCGUAGAUUUUAUUGGGACGAAUGUUUAUGUGCGGUAGUAUCUACAUAUUACCAACAGAUGGCACAAAAAGCAUAUGGAAGUGUGGUUGACGUUACUUAGUUUAUUAUUGAACAAAUGUAACGUUAGGGGCAUGAAUGCAUUGUAUACUUAAUCUAGUGGAUGUAUAUUGUGCAAAGCUUGUAUUAUAUAUUAUAAUUUAUUAAACUUUUAAUCUAUGCAUGACGUAUUGUGAAGUGUUACUAGUUCUGUGAAUAGCCAAGAUACUAUGCGUCACUUGUGACGCCGGUCAGAAAAAAAAACAUGAUAAACAUCAACACGAUUAACAAAAGUUACCCAAGUAAAAAGCCACAAAUAAAUUAUGUUAGGACAAAAACUCUCUCACACUGGUCCUAGAUCAACAAGUAACCCUUUCAGUUUAGCCCUGUUUAGCAAUGCUAAAUAAGAGUUUUAUUCAUUAUGUUGUAAAUCUCUGUUGAGGCAGAAAGAUGCUGCGUAGCAGCACUGAAGAGGUGACACCUGGCUCCAGCUCUGACCCUGGACCAAACAGCAGUACUUUAACUCCGUUUAACUCCAUCAACUAUGGUCAGGUAAUCUGCAGACAGCUGGAUCCUCGAUCUUCUUCUGUCCUACAGACUUCAUUUGGAUCAGAUGAUGUUGGGAACGGUCUAUGUCCAGGAUCAACAGGUGCCACUGAAACGGGUGGUCGGACAACUGUGUUCACUGAAACACCACCGGCUGAAGCUCAGGAACAGGUGAACUUCAGGAUCAGUUCGUCAGUGGGUUCAUCUGGUCCGACUGUCCUGUCUAGGAGCUUCAGCACUCCACAUUUGAGGACAACGCCUGCACGCACAUACCAUGGCCAAACUCCUCAGAGAGACUGCAUGACAUCAUCUUCAUCCGCAAUGCUGUCUCAUUCCGCCUCUGUGUUAGUGGCUUUGGUGGAAGGUCGUGGUUUAGCCCGUGGUGAGAUUGGCAUGGCCAGUAUCAACAUGAAAUGCCCAGAACUGGUACUUUCACAGUUUGCCGACACUGGAACAUAUGCCAAGGUAAUUACCAAGUUGCAUAACCUGAUGCCUCUUGAAAUUCUGAUGCCAGACACUGCUAGUGUAAAAGGACAAGGAACCAAACUCUACAAACUCAUCACAGAGUCCUUUCCGUCAGUCACAUUUACUGCCAUUCUAAGGAAGUAUUUCAAUGAGAAGAAGGGCCUGGAGUACAUACAGCAGCUCUGUGUGCCUGAGUAUAGCACUGUACUGAUGGAAGUGCAAACCAAAUACUACUGCCUGGCAUCUGCAUCUGCCCUUCUAAAAUACAUUGAGUUUGUUCAGAACUCUGUAUAUGCUCCUAAGUCAGUGAAAGUGACCUUUACAGGCAGCGAGCAGACAGCCAUGAUUGACACAAUAUCGGCCAGCAACUUAGAGCUAGUAGUAAACAACAGAGAUCACAGAAGUGAUCACACUCUGUUUGGCGUGUUAAACUACACCAAGACCGCUGGUGGCACAAGAAGGUUACGCUCCAAUAUUCUCGAGCCCCUGCAGGAUGUGGCCACUAUUAACUCACGCCUGGAUAGCAUACAGGAGUUAUUGCAGAAUGAAGAGCUCUUCUUCGGAUUAAAGAAUGCUAUUGGAAACUUCUUGGAUAUAGAUGAGCUGCUGUCUGCUCUUAUUCAGGUCCCAAAGCAAGAGACGGUAUCGGUGGCUGAAGCAAAAAUAACACAAGUAAUUCAGCUGAAGCACGUUCUGGAAUUGGUCCCGCCACUUAAGGCAAGGUUAAAACAUUCGAAAACAGCAUUGUUGGAAGCAUAUUAUACUUCACUUGAAGACAGUAGGUUUAACAGCAUUCUGGACCAGAUAAAAUCCAUGAUAAAUGAUGACACCAGCUACAUGAAAAGCAGUCUGCACAUGCGCGCACAGAAGUGCUAUGCUGUGCGCCCCAACGUCAAUGAGUUUCUAGACAUUGCAAGGCGGGCCUACACAGAGGUAGUAGAUGACAUAGCAGGAUUGGUUGAUCGUCUUGGAGAAAAGUACAGCCUUCCCCUACGGACAAGUUUCAGCAGUGCACGAGGAUUCUUCAUUCAAAUGAGACUGGAGGGUGUGAUUUUACCUGGAGGGACAUUACCAGAGGAGUUCAUUAAAGUGACCAAGCAGAAAAACAACUAUGGUUUCACCACAUUAGACCUUGUGAAAAUGAAUGACCACUGUGAAGAGGCUUUAAAGGAGAUUUUUCACAUUUCUUAUGUGGUUGUGUCGAGGUUCCUCAGUGAGGUCUAUGAACACAUCUACUGCCUGUACAAGCUAUCUGAUGCUGUGUCUAUGCUGGAUAUGCUGCUGUCUUUGGCCCAUGCUUGCACUGUGUCAGAAUACGUACGUCCUGAGUUCACCGAUACGUUGGCAAUUAAGCAGGGUCGCCACCCCAUUCUGGAGCGCAUUUCUGGGCAACAACACAUCUCUAACAACAGCUACAUUUCUGAGGGAAGCAAUUUUGUUAUCAUUACGGGCCCCAACAUGAGUGGCAAGUCCACCUACCUCAAACAGGUGGCCCUCUGCCAGAUAAUGGCUCAGAUAGGAUCCUUUGUGCCUGCGGAGUAUGGCUCUUUUCGUAUUGCUGAUCAAAUAUUUACGAGAAUAGGCGUAGAUGAUGACUUCGAAACCAACUCCUCUACAUUUAUGGUUGAGAUGAAAGAGGUGUCUUACAUCAUCCACAAUGCAAGUGCCAAGUCGCUUAUUAUUAUAGAUGAGCUGGGUCGAGGCACCAGUCCAGAGGAGGGGGUUGGUAUCUGCCACAGUGUCUGUGAAUUCCUCAUCAAUCUUAAGGCCUUCACACUGUUUGCCACACACUUUCUUGAGCUGUGUCAGCUUGAAACUCUUUACCCCAACGUGGAAAACAAACACAUGCAGGUUCAGCAUGUCAAAAAAGAUGGCAGAGCGGAUAGUGUAGUGUACACAUAUCUGCUAAGCCAAGGUCACUCAGAUGAGCGUAACUAUGGUAUAAGAGCAGCAGAGAUGACCGCAUUACCAACAGACAUUAUUCAGGAAGCCAAAACUGUUGCAGAAAAAAUCAAUCAAAGGCUGUGGGCCAAGCAUUAUAGUGACCCUGCCACUCUCAGACAGAGGGCAGUAUAUCGUCUAGGCACCAGACUGUUGCAGACGGCCCGUAACUCACGGCUAGAUCCACAGAGCCUACGUCACUACCUAAAAGGCUUGAAGAGACACUACGAAACUGAAUUACAAAACAGUCCAGAGACAACAGAGGAGUGAAGUCUAGUUUGAGGAAUAAGACUUGGGGUUGGAAUAAAGGGUAGGAUUUCAGAAAAUCAGUUCAGUGUGCUCAUUUUUAUCAUUUCAGACAAGAUCUUGAACAAGACCAGACUUCUGCAAAAAAAAUAGCCAGGAGAAUGUUUAUGAUUUAUAAUAUGUAUUUUUUGUUGUAAGUUGUUUGUAAAAAUACCUUGCUCUGUAAUUGCUGUUAGAAUAUUAUUUUUUAUAAAUGGAGCUGUUUAAAGGGAGAUAUUAAAAACAUGACAACAUUCUUUGUU